CACAAAUUGCUGUUAUGGAGACGACCCGGCAAAUCCGAUCUGGUCCGUGCAGAACAAGAAAGCCUCCACAAGUCGCACCAAUACAAAUAGAGAGAGGCAGAGGGGGAGAGACUCAGAGUGAUCGACGGCCAACGCCGAGCGGGAGGGAAAAAUUGACGAUUGGCGAGUGCAAGCGAUAAACCCUAGUGGGAGAGGUUGAGCCCGCCGACGAGGGAGAGCGCACAAUUUCCGGAAAAAGAACAGGACGUCGAUGGGCUUUAUCAGAAGUAGCUUCUCCUUCAUAGCGGGAACCGUGCUUGGAAUUUAUGUGGCUCAAAAUUACAAUGUUCCCAACAUUAGGAAGCUCGCCAAUACUGGGCUUGUGGUGGCCAAGCACAUCGAAGAAAAUUACAGGAAGCCAAAGAAGAGGGACGAUGACGAUUGAUUGGAAGAUUUACGAGCCAGGUUCCCCUUUUCACAUAGUAUUGAAGACAUGCUUAUUAGUUAUGAAUCUGUAGUGGCAUUGGGUACUGUAUGUUCGAAUUUUGUGGUUUCUUAUUCCGGGAACUGAAUUUUUUUAGCAAUUAAUUGAGUUCUUAUUACUUAAUCAGAGUAUGCCAAUUAGUUCUUGCAUAAAUGCAUCAUUGUUGUUUUUGGGCGGUAUUGUGGCAAUUAAAUUGGGAAGAAGUUAUGCAGCGCUUUGUAAAACCCUA